CACUCUUGCAUCAGAGACAUCGACAAAAUGAGCGCGAUUCCUCCGGACGGACGACGAACCAAAUGGCCUCCGCGAGAAAAGUGAUACCAAAGGCCUGCGAUGCUUGCCGGCGCCGCAAGGUCAAAUGCAAUGGGCAGCAGCCGUGCUCUGGCUGCAUGUCGGCAAGUUUGUUAUGCGCAUACGAUUCACCAAGGAAACAAGGAGGUAAUAGAGGCGCUAGAGCGACAGUCCUCAAUGAGCUCAGGGGAUUCAACGUACAGCGUGCUACUGCAGCAUCGCCUACUUCAGCUUCAAGCGGGUCGAUACACUCUCCUCCAGCCACGCCUUUCGAACCAGAAGCAUCCUUCGUGCAAGCUUGCGUCAACGCCUACCUUUGUCGCAUACAGCUGGUCGUGCCCAUCUUGUCGCAGCAUGCCCUGGAGACAGAAGUGCAGCUGGCGAAAACAUCGCCUGCUUCCCUCCAGUUUGUCAUAGCUCUUUGCGCCUACGUUGCAAACUUUGGGAAUGCUCUCACUGAGACACAGCGGGAGCGACAUUCUUCCUUCAAGAUGGAUCUGGGGCGCCAGAGCCUCGAAGAUGCUCUCCGAAUGCAGGAUCCCAAGCGUGUCACAGAACCCAAUCCUCGCUCAAUGCUCAUCUCAUUCUUCUUGUACGGCGCACAUGCUGGUCUUGGUGAUUACCAACAAGGCUGGUUCUACCUUCGGGAAGCCACGACACUUUUCACGAUGCUGAAGAAGGAUGCAGUCAGUUGGUAUGACUCAAGAGCAAACAGCUGCAUGUUCUGGAUCUUGUUGAUCUCCGAGAGAUCUCAUGGUGUUCGCAGAAGUAGACCGAUUACGCUUCAGGUUACAUCAUCUAGUCCCACUCUUGUCGGUUCACAGACACCAGGCCUUCAGCUUCUCGCAUCUAUCUUUCGGCCGCUUGACGAGAUUUUCUUUGCAGUUUGGAAUGGUUCGAGUGAAAGUUGUAGCAAGGAAUGGCUGCUGGAGCUUGAACGCGAUGUUCGAAUAGCUCUGCCAUCCAUGCUUGAGCUAUCCAAUGAGGAGAUGGCGAAUUUGCGUGUGACCCAAUUCUGGCUGCGCAUCAAGCUCUGGGAACUAUUUCCGCGCUUUGGGUUCUUGUCGACCGAGUCAGUCUAUGAGUGUCUGACGUUUCGGUACCCAGUAGCAGUCGCGACUGAGCUGACCAUCCUUGCAAUGAAGUUGCCGAUUACAAGCCUCCAGGUUCACGGAGUGGGCAUGACCGAAAAAGUGUUUGACAUAGCCUGUGCAGUCGCAGAUGUGCUGCCAUUUAUAUCAGUAUCAGCCUCUCAGAUGGAACUGGGUCCAGUGGAUUACCUGACGCAAGUCGUCUCCGUACUGGCCAAGCUACCUGGGGGUACAGAUAAGUUUGUACCCCUGCUUCUCGCCAAGAUUAACGAAUUGCGGCCUGAGCUGGUUCAUUCGCUUUGUGCUGCGAUGCAGCUGCCCUUCGCGGCUUUCAGUGAUCCCAUGAGUCCCGACACGCGUUUUGUUUAUGAGGAGGAGGUAGGCAGGGGAUUGUAUGCUGAUCUCAGACGGGUAAGAUGAUCUUGCGCGAUUGUUAUCUCGCGACUAUCAUAUUCGCACCCUGCACUGGAAGUAGCACGACAGAUGUGUCGGAGUUUAGUAUAUGAUUUAGAAUAUCACGCUACACAGGUUUCCUUUGCCCGUAGUACCAGGAUCGAGGGUAUCACGAAUGAACCACUGUUCUGAGAGGCUGACAGCCGAGAGGAAAUACAGCGGGACGCCACAAGUGUGCUGUUCGGUUGCUGACGUGACGCCGUUACGGUAGUGUACGGAACUCAUUGGCACCCCAAGGUCGAAGUGACAAUACUGUCAGCAGCCAAAUUUGAAGUAGCGGACAACUAAUUGCUCGACUAAGCCAUGUUUGCCUGGUACUUGUU